CUGAGGAGCACGGGGCGCUCGGAGGAGAAGGUUGAGGGUUGCGUGGAGGGAAGGAGAUCGGGCUGUUCUGUUGUUGUUGUUGUUUUUUUAAAACCUCUUUCACCGGGGUCUUCGAUUCUAUCGAGCACCAGAAGCGCAUCACGGCAUCAUGGAGCGGAUGGAGUCGAUGGAGCCGAUCUCCGCGAACUACACCACCGAUUAUCCGGAGAUCCAGCCCGACAGCGGCUACGGAUCCGGAGAGACCACCGAGAACCAGGCAAAGACCCCCCCAGCUCCGACUUAUGACGAGGAGUUGGUCCACAAGACGAUCCUGGUCGGGGACAGCGGUGUGGGGAAGACGUCUCUGCUGGUGCAGUUCGAUCAGGGCAAGUUCAUCCCCGGCUCCUUCUCUGCCACAGUGGGCAUUGGAUUCACGAAUAAAGUGGUGAGCGUGGACGACGUCAAGGUCAAACUACAGAUUUGGGAUACAGCAGGACAGGAGAGGUUCCGAAGUGUGACACAUGCAUAUUACAGAGACGCACACGCUUUGCUCCUACUGUACGACAUCACCAGCAAAACAUCCUUUGACAACAUCAGGGCAUGGCUGACAGAGAUCCAUGAGUAUGCACAGACCAAUGUAGUCAUCAUGUUGCUGGGCAACAAGGCGGACAUGAGCAGUGACCGAGCGAUCAGGAGAGAUGAAGGAGAAAGGCUGGCCAGAGAGUAUUCGGUUCCUUUCAUGGAGACGAGUGCCAAGACUGGAGUCAAUGUAGAGCUGGCCUUCACUGCUGUAGCCAAGGAACUGAAGCACCGAGCUGUCGAGCACCCCAACGAACCCAAGUUCCAGAUUCACGAAUAUAUCGAAGCGCAGAAAGAGAAGUCAGGCUGCUGCAGCUACUUUUAAAGCCCAUCUCCUCAGGCCUCCUCCUACCGCUCUGGGUGAACAGACUGUCGGAGACACACCGAGAGCUACUGAGUGGGAGGAAGCCCUGUAAAUCACUGCUGCUCCCGAAAUAUUACGCUGCCAUUCACUGGAGGCUAAAAGCCAAAAGUACAUCCGUCAUUGGAGUCACCGGAAGUUAAACAAAGCUCACACAACCCACAGUUUUCUUUUACCCAGAGCAGUUUCUCCAACUUUGUAGGCGUACUGAGAAAUUGUUUCUAAGGUAAAUAGUAAAAAAUCUUUUUAUGCUGUUGGCUUUCUUGAGAUGAAAAGAUAAGUACCACUGAAGCUGGCCACACAUAAGGAUUGGAGGCAGCAGGAAACAGCUAGCAUGACUCUGUCCAAAGAUAAAAACGGUACCCAUUCCAUCUCAUUCGUUUAACCCAUACAGAAACAGACAUAUAACAUGGUGAAGACUCCACAGGUAUUCCAGAGUCUUCUUGAGGCUUUGUGAUACUUGCUGGCAUGCUCACAGUAACCAUGACACUUCUGGAUAUUAGUCAUAGACUGUAUAAAGAUGCUGGGCUCCUAAAAAGCCAAAGCAAAUACAGCUCCCCCUGGUGGCUGGCUGCAUUAUAGGUCAUAAGUUCCACCUCCUCCACGUUUGGCCAAACAGGCAUGGUUUCUGUCAUUUUAAUAGUCAGUUAGUAUAAUCCUGAUGCAUCUACAAGUGUCAAUUUUUUGGAUAUGUUUUGUUUUAGUUAUUAGUUAUUUCACGCUAUAGAAGCAGGAUGUCACAUGAUGGUGGACCAUGCUGCACAGACUCUAGCUCCAAACUUGCAAGAUGGCACUGCCAUAAAUAGCACAAGUUUGGUCAAUUCAGAAAAGUGGGAACGCAUCGUCCAUAUUUAUAUACAGUCUAUGAUAUUAGCCCAUGAUUGUAUUGUAGGAGCUUGUUCUUAUCAGAAUGUGAGUCUGGUAAGAUUUAAUUUGGAUUUAAUCUUGGGGCAUGUUUCGACCAAUACAGAGGGAGGAAAAAAAAAAUAAUUGGAUAGUCCUACAACCAGUCAGAAUCUUUUUGUUGCAAAGAAAUUCAACUCCACAGCAGUUAGAUGACUCUACUAUGUUGCUGUUACUCUUCUGUAAAUCACCACAUAAAGUCCACCCACAUAGUUUGAUUGACCAGGCAGAUCUUUGCCAUAUCGUAAUCAGUUCCCAACGUGUGUGACUUCAGAGUGACUUUGGAAAGUUGGACCUGCUUCCAGACUCGGAGCUAGUUUCAAAUUCAAAAAAUGACCCCCACUCAUGAAAAUUGCUCCCAUUGGGCUGGUCAUAUUCAUAUUACUGGAAUAAUACUAAAAGAAAAAAAUAAGAAAAUGUACUUAUUAUAUAUAUAUAUAUACAUUUGCAAAUGUAUUUGUUGUCAUUGUCAUCUUGGGCCUCAAUUUCCCAUUUGUCUCAUGACUUUUUCAAACCCAAUACCUAUAUAUAUGAGGAUGUCUUAAGAUCUGACACAGCCACAUACAGCAGACAUCUGAUUUAAAAAAAAAAAAAAAAAGGACAAUUUUAUGUUUAAAAGUAAACAUAAAAAAUUGAGCUUAAUGAUAUUGACCAAUUGUCGGCCUAUUAAUGUUGCUGGUUAUUCUUUGCUGUUGUCACUUCACCAUCUUAGCUUAGCUUGUUAGCAUAAGGACUUUUGUUAGUGUAACAGUGCGACUGUGACUGAAAGGGUCCUUAGUUUAGAGGAUAGGCCUCUACUUUGUAAUAAACUGAAUUCUAGGCCAUUUUCAUACAUGCAACAUACAGUAAUUCACUGUUUCUCUCAGCAUACUAAGGUAAAUAACCACAUUCCAAAUGAACCUACUGAAUAUAUUAACAUACAGAUAUGAUGCUGACAUCAGUCUUUUUAUUUCACUCUUUGAAAGAAAGCGAAUCAGCAUAAAGUGCUGAAAAGAAGUAUACACAGUAGUUCAUGCUACUUUGAAUGAUGUUUAUUUGGUCUGGGUUUUAAUAACUUACACGCACAUCGGACUGGAAAUAUACAUUUCUUAAUUUAACCUUCGGUUUACCACAAAACUGUGGAAGAACAAAGAAGUUACAAACACACCAGUUUGCCAAAGAGGAAGAUAUUUUUUAAAUCACUACUACUACCACUGACAAGAGCCGGAAGACAACCCCAGUCUCAGGCGUACUAAAGCGCUGCCUUGAAAAGUCAACACUGGUGCAACCUUACGUAUCAUGCAAGAGAUCCAGACAAUGGCCAAACACUGUGUCGCGGAUACGAUUCAAAGCCAAGUGCACGGACAAAAGCCCCGUCUGUUUGCGACCUAGACUGCUUCAUUCUUUAUGUACUGUUCUCAGUGAGUAACAGAAGGCCGCUGUUGGAAGCUAACUGACUGGAGACAAGCUCAGGGACACGGCCGAGGGAAAAAAGAAGGACUGUGGGGCAACUCUACUGUGACUGAACGUGAAGAGGAAAGAGUCCUUGAAAUGUGUCUCUGGAGAAGGACUGCUGCAUACGACCAACCACAGUACAUGACGUUGAUUUGUGCUUUGGAUUUCUAAAUGUGUCAUUUAAUGAACACCUAUAUGUACAUACUGUAUUUGUGACUUUGGUGAACAUAUUUUUUGAAAAUGUUUCUUGACGAGUUGGCUGGAUUAUUUUCCUCCUCCAAAAAGACAAAACAUUUAUUUUUGCUUUAAUGGUCUGGCUAUGAACUGAAGGAAUUGCAUGUGCCAUUUGUUUAUGCAGUGCCUGCAGAAUGCCUCCAGCAUUUAACUGUCUAUAUGCAGAUAAACUUGAAUAUUAAAAUCAAAUUGAAUUAGCAUAUCUAAUCAAAUCUUAGCUCAAUGCUCAGGGUUCCAUCUUGUUUCCAAGUCUUUGGUUACUUGGGGCAGCACAUCAAGCUGUAGACACAAGUUCUACACGUUACAACUUAAACUACUGUGUUGUUUGAGUUGCACGCACACACGGCCAUACACAGCCACAUGUUGGCAUUAAUUGAAAGUGCGGUGUUGACUUCUUCUUUAUUCACCAACCCUUAAAGGUUUUCACCAGCUAUUUGAUAACCCUGUCUCCCAAUUGGUGCUGGGCAGCCAACACAGAGUGAUUUUAGACAAACUCUUCUGACAAAACAGAGGAUGAGAGCAGUGAAAGUGAAACAAAGCAGUAAAGCUGUUGUUAAGAAACUCAAAGCACUGGUGUGAAAUAGGCUAAAAUGCUAUGUGGAGAUCAGGGGAACUGCUGAGUUUUAAAUUUUAAAUUACAUGCAUUCAUUAUUUUAAGCUUUAACUGAAUGAAGAUGUUAGAACAGCUUUAUACUAUGUUCCCGUAUCACGAGAGAGUUUAUUAUUUUUCCUUUUUGACAAUAGUAUGCAAUGCUCUUCUGCAAAUGUCUAAUCUUGGUCAGUGACUGUAUGCAUGUUCUGGCUCCAUCUGGUCACACCAGGUCUGAUGUUAUUCGUGAUUUAAACUGAUUGAGGCUGUGGCCAGGUGGCCCCGCCUGUGUACUCUCUGCAGUUGUUUGUUGUUUCGACCACACUGCCCAAAGUUGUGCUUGAUGUUUCAUAUGCCGCUUGAAAAAUAAAUUAUUUUGAACUUGG